AUGGAAUUAUUCUAUGUUUUUAUUUUAAUUAUUCUUUCAUCAUUUGUCUGUGAAUGCAGGAAAUCUCAGUCAAAUUAUGAGUAUAAUUCUGUAGAUGAUAAUCGUAAUGAACAUUAUGUUAAGAAGUAUUACACGGAUGAUAGUGAUUUAGAUUUGGAUGAACAGUUUUACUCAUAUAACAAUUAUUACUAUUAUUAUCAUCCAAAGUAUAACAGAUACAAUCAUAGAAAUUACUAUGAUUUACAUGAAGAAGUACAGUAUGGAAAAGAAAACAUAAAGCAAGAACACUAUCCCCCUUAUGAUGAUAGUAGAAAGUUAAGUUAUACUGAAGCAGACGAAAAUAUGCAGGAGAAUGAUCAACACAAAACCAUGAUGAUCAACAUUUUGCUGAAUGGAUAUUUUCAAGGCGAAGUAUUUGAUUACUUUGAUAAUUAUAACUAUCAUUAUGAUCAUGGAUACAACAAUGGGUACUACAAUGGAAGGUACUUGGAAGAUGCAGAAAAUUAUGGUCAUCCUGGACAAGAAAGUGGUGAGCAUAAACCAGAAGACAAUAUAAGAUACCCAGGUGACUAUAAGUAUGAAGAAGAAGAACAACAGCACAUGCCUGGUAAUAUGGGUAAUAGAGAUUCCGGUUUUGAUAGACAUCGUUAUCAACCGUACGAUACUUAUGAUAGAUAUUAUGACUAUAAUGCUGAUUCGUAUGGAAAUUACAAUUACCAUAGACCUUAUGAACUAGGUGGAAGAUAUUCAAACUACGCAAAACAUUCUUAUAAUAAUAAAUAUUAUAAUGAAACUGAAGACGAUAUUUAUAAGAGACAUGAGUAUACUUUAGGCGAUUGGUACAACACAGAUUAUGAUAGUAGAUAUAAUGAUUAUUGGUUAUAUUUUAAAAAGGACAAUAAACACAACAAUCAUCAUCAUGCUUACUAUCAGUGGGAUGAAAUGGAUCCAGAGGGUGAGAGACGGGAUCGUCAGGAUGGAAAUCAGGAAUCUUACGAUGAACAAUCUUAUGGUAACAGGGACGAGUAA